GUGGAUGAUUACGAAAAACAAGCAUGACUAGCAACACACAGAGAUUAACUUUCUCCAGAACCAAAUUUCAUCCUUCAAAAUGUCGGUUAUUGCAUUCGAAGAGAUCUUCAAUUCCUCAUCAUCAUCCAGUAAAAUUGAAAAAAUCCUACACUUUCACUGCCUUGCUAAUUCAUGGCUUACUGGGUUGUCGAGACGACUUUGUAGAUUUCGCUAAAUCCCUCGUUUCGUCUCUCUCUACUGAUUGGAGGAUGGUUGUUGUGGAUUUGAGGAACCAUGGAAGCUCGGUUGAUCGAGAAGAUGUUGUCAUUGGUCAUUCUGUUGGCGGCAAAAUUGCCUUGCAAUAUGCUUCAAGUUGUGCUCACGGUGAUUAUGGUGAUUCAGCGCAGCUUCCUAAACAGGUGUGGGCAUUGGAUUCUGUACCUGGAAAAGUCGAGAAUAAAAGCCAUUAUGAAGAAAUGGAGAAAGCUUUCCAUACACUACAGACACUUCAGCCUCCCAUACAGUCACAAGAGUGGCUGGUAGAUCAUUUGAUGAAUCUUGGAUUCUCAAAGUUCUUAUCAGAGUGGAUAAGUAGCAGUCUCAAGAAAUCGGGAGAACACAUGACAUUUUCUUUCGAUAUUGAUGGUGUUAUACAGAUGUUUGAAUCCAGCAGGGAUAGUGAUUAUUGGUCACUACUAGAGGAGCCUCCAAAGGGAAUAGAGAUAUGUGUAGUGCGUAGUGAAAGCCGAGUCACGUGGGACCCAUAUGUGGUCAAGAAGCUUGAGAGUCUUGCUAACCGGGAAAAUGAUGAAUCAAGAGGCAAAGUCUCGGUUCAUGUUGUUCCUCGUUCUGGACAUUGGAUUUACAAGGAUGAACCAGAGAGGCUGUUGGAGAUUAUGACCCCAAGAAUAGCCUCUUUGGUUCAACUUGUAAGUUAGGAGCUAGACUUUUCAGCUAGUCCGACCUGAAUAUUUUUUAUUAACAUCAGA